AUCAAUUUUUAUAAAGCUAGUUUAUAGUCUAGGUGUUAAAUUUGUAAUAAAAUAAACAUGUUAAUAAAACUGUUUUUGGUAGCGAUAUUGUUUAUAGUAAAGUCCUCAGCUGAGGCUCCCUAUAACUACAAUAAUCAAGCAGCUCCUUAUGCCCCAUCAGGUUAUCGCCCUAACAUACCUUUCGACUUGCCGGGGGAAUAUUAUCCUUCGUAUGAUGUCGACUCCGUGCAACAGUUACCUAAUCAGGGCUUUACUUUUGAAAUAACCAAACAGAGAGUAGACUUUGCUGGUCAAGAAGUAUCAAGAGUCCCAAUUACAGAACCUGAGAAACAAUAUUUGCCGGCCGAGGAGAUAGUGUUUAUUAAUAAUCAAGUGGGUGCUGGCAAUAAUAUGAGACAACUCUUUAAUCAUAGACAUAAUCACAAUCAUGGCAGAAGACGAAAUAACAGGCCAGGACAAAGACCUACAGAAUGCCCACAAUGCCCUCAGACUCCGGAUAAUAAACCACCUCAACCACAACCUAAUUUUCCAACUUUACCUCCUGUAAAUAUACCUCUACCAAAUCUACCCAAUUCCACCACUGAUGAAAGAUUUGAAAGUCAACAGCGACCGGCUCUAGAAUAUGGUGCUCCACCCAAUUAUAACAUAGAUCCCAGAAACGCAGGACAACAACAACAACAGCAACCUGCUUUAGAAUAUGGAGCUCCCGCCUUAGAAUAUGGUGCUCCAGCUUACACUCAAUCCCAGAAAGAAGAAGAAUUGGAGAAACAAUAUGCUUUAGAUGCUUUAAAUGCUGCUGUACAGAAUUACAAUCGUUUACAGGAAAAUAAUAAUGAUCGUAUAGCUCAGGGUCAAUAUUUUGUAGUUAAUCCAGAUCAUUCUAUACAAAAAGUGAAAUUUACCACCAAGAAAAGUGAAGAUGAAACGAAACAAAAUGAUUUUACAGCUGAAUUGAAAUAUACCAAAGUGGGUGAGAUCAAUGAUCCUUUAUAUAAGUAUACUGCCGAGGGUCAGUUGGUGCGCAUAGUUAAAAAGUAAAAAAGGACUCUUGGAAAUUAUUCCCUAGAACCAAAAAAGUUAAAUUUUAACA